AUGACAUCAAGACUGGUCCUCGCCCUCGGCGAUCUCUUCAUCCCAGAUAGAGCUUCUGAGAUACCAGCAAAGUUCAAAAAACUCCUCGCCCCCGGAAAGAUCGGUCAAAUCCUCUGCUUGGGGAACCUAACCGACCGCGAAACCUACGAAUUCCUGCGCUCCACCGCACCGGACCUUCAAAUCGUCAAAGGUGACUUCGACGAAUCUUCAACUUUACCUCUAUCGAAGGUUGUCAAACAUGGACAGUUUAGGAUUGGAUUUACUCACGGGCAUACUAUUAUCCCGCCUGGUGAUUCGGAUUCUUUGUUGAUCGCUGCUAGGCAGAUGGAUGUGGAUGUUUUGAUUUGGGGUGGGACUCAUAGGUUUGAGGCUUAUGAGAUGGAAGGGAAAUUUUUUGUUAAUCCCGGGAGUGCGACGGGGGCUAUGAGUAGUGGAUGGUGGGGUACUGAUGAGGAAGUUGUGCCCAGUUUCGUGCUGAUGGAUGUCCAAGGAAAUAACCUGGUGCUUUACGUCUACCAGCUCAAAAAGGAUGAGAACGGAAACGAAAGUAUCGCAGUGGAGAAAGUCAAUUUUAGGAAGACCGAAUCGGCGGCGCCUGCACCCGCCCCAGCAUAA